AUGAAGUUGGGAAGUCUACUUCUUCUCAUGAUCCUCAUCACCCUCAGCCUAGGGGUGCAGGAGCUACAGGCUGCAGUGAGACCACUGCAACUGUUGGGCACCUGCGCUGAGCUCUGCAAAGGUGACUGGGACUGUGGGCCAGGGGAGCAGUGUGUCAGCAGUGGGUGUAGCCAUACCUGUGCUGCAAGUUAAGGACAGCUGUUCAUCUCUUCCUGAAGUUUCUACUGGCAAAGAUGUGAUGAGAGUAUUCAGAAGUUCUUGCCCAGAAAGACAGAUGAAAGAGGGAGACAUGGAUGGAGACUACAGGGAGCAUGAAGGAAAGGGAAGAGGAGCUGUUUCUUUUAAUAAAUCAUAAUUGUAAAAGUAGCCACACUACUUAUUUCAUUAGAGGUGAUGGUGA